AUGUCGAAACUUGGCAUCGGCAUCCUAUUUUUGGUUGGGCUUCUUGAAUCUCAGGUUUCAGCUUCCAACUGCACCACGUCAUCUGCGACUGUCCAUUGGCUCGGCGGCCAGCCAUCGUAUCAUGCCGGUGUAACCUUUGGUUUGCCAUGGCCGCAGGGGAAGUAUCAACCCGGGAACACCAGGUUCACCAUCGCUGGCAAUUCCGAAGAUAGACAACAAUUGCAGUCUUGGGCUACCGGCUAUUGGGCCGAUGGUUCGCUGAAAUGGACGGGCCACGCUAUCGCAGAAUCUAACUCAACCCACGACAACUACACUGUCACUGCAACGUCUGGCUGCACCAUUCGUUCUGCCUCGUCUGGGAAAUCUGGUAUAAAGAACAGCUCCAUCAUCGUGACUGAUAGGUCUGAUGUUGUUCGUGUCAACACGGGUGAGAUUACCGUCUCGUUUCCCAAGAAAGGGAACAUCCUAGUCAGUGCCAUCAAGAACAAGAGCGGCAAGACGGUCGGCGAAAAUGGAAGACUUGUCCUUCAGUCUCAGGAUUCGGUGCCCGACGGUUUUGAGAGCCGAUCAAACUCGUCCAUCCAAUAUUCCAACUUCCACAGCAUCAUUGACGAGGUAUCUGUGAAUCAGGGCUCGAGUCGGACCCUCGUCACUGUUCGUGGAAAUCACGAGGUGACUGACGGCCCUGAUCACGAUCCAUGGCUCCAGUUUGUCAUUAGAUUCUAUCUCUAUUCCAACUCUGCCUCUGUGAAAGUUAUGCAUAGCAUCGUUUUUGAUGGAGAAUCCGAUAAGGACUUCAUUGCGGGACUCGGUAUUCGAUUCGAUGUCCCAUUAGAAGGCGAGGAGUACUAUGAUCGACACGUCAGAUUUGCUGGCGUAGAUGGCGGAAUUUUCAAUGAGGCUGUUCAGGGAAUCACCGGACUUCGAAGAGAUCCUGGCGAAGAAGUGAGAACUGCUCAGUAUGAAGGUCGCAAGUUGGCAAACACAUCAAGUUGGGACAGCCGGGUUACCAACCGGCUCAAAUGGAUUCCCACGUGGACAGACUAUAGCCUGAAUCAACUGACGGCUGACGGAUUCAGCUUCAAAAAACGGACAAAGCCUGGCCAGUCGUGGAUCAAAAUCCCCAGCGGAACACGUGCUGAAGGUCUGGCCUACCUGGGAGGUGCUACGAAAGGAGGCCUCGCCCUUGGUUUGCGGGACUUUUGGAAACGUUCUCCGUCUGGCUUUGACAUUUCAAACGCUGCCUCCAACACAGGGGAAGUCACUCUUUGGCUAUACAGCCCUGCUGCCGAUCCAUUGGACCUUCGGCCCUUCCAUGACGGCCUGAACGAGGACGGAUAUGAAGAUCAAUUGGAUGCUCUCGAGAUCACCUACGAGGACUAUGAACCCACCUUCAACACCCCCUAUGGAAUCGCACGAACGAGCGAGAUAUACUUGUUUGCGUUUGAUGAAACACCGACAAGUGACAGGCUCGCCUCACUUUCUUCGUACAUAAACAAUCCUCCCGUGUUGGUACCAGAGUCGAAAUAUAUCCAGGAAACCCAAGCUCUCGGAGGAUACUGGUCCCUCCCCGAAGGCGUUAGCGAUGCUGCAAGUACCCUGGAAGAUCGACUCGAUUUUAUCUUUGAAUAUUACCGAACACAAAUUGAGCAGCGGCGCUGGUAUGGCUUCUUGGAUUACGGCGAUUUCAUGCACACAUACGACACUGACCGACAUACCUGGCGGUACGACGUUGGCGGUUACGCCUGGGACAACUCGGAGCUUUCACCAGACCUCUUCUUCUGGCUCUACUUCCUUCGCACUGGCCACGAAGAUGCAUACCGGUUUGCCGAGGCCCUUACACGACACACAGGUGAAGUAGAUGUGUACCACAUCGGCGACUGGAAAGGGCUGGGCACGCGUCACGGUGUGCAACAUUGGGGUGAUAGCGCCAAACAGGCACGUAUCUCUCAACCUCAGUAUCGAAAGUACUUUUUCUAUCUCUCGGGUGGGGACGAGCGCAUUGGGGAGUUGCUGGAGGAGUUGCUUGACACGGAUAAGACGUAUGGGACGCUUGAUCCGAGUAGGAAGGUUCGUACCGAUGGCUGGACACCUAGCCCCAAUUCGACAGUUGCUUUUAGUCUUGGAACGGACUGGUCGAGUCUCGCUGCAGGGUGGUUGAUUGAGUGGGAGCGGCGUGGUUCGAGAUGGGAAGAGGCUAGGACAAAGUUGACCAACACAAUCUUGGGAAUCGCAAACUUGACCAACGGCUUCGUGACCGGGUCAGGUCUUUACGACCCGGUAACUUGGACGUUAGGACCUCCACCUGCUGACCCGGACAAUCUUGGAAACGUGUCUGUCUCUCAUUUAUCCGCUGUCUUUGGUCUUCCCGAGGUUGUUUCCGAGGUUAUCGCAUAUUUCGCCGAUGAUAUACCAGAAGGGUUCCGCGAAGUCUGGUUGGACUACUGCUACUACUAUCAUGCCACAGCGGCGGAGCAAAAGGCCCGUUACGGGGUAAGCUUUGGUAGCCAAAGCUUAUACCAAGCGCACUCCCGACUGGCAGCAUAUGCGGCACAUGAGAUGCAGAAUACAACUCUUGCACUUCGAGCUUGGAAAGACUUCUAUGCAAGCGAUGGACUUGCACAGGAUGCUGCAUGGAACACUACGCAUGUGAAUGGGAGUGCUGUUUUGGUGUCCGUCGAUGAGGCCGCAUGGCUCGCAACUAACGAUGCCGCGCAGUAUGGUUUGGCUGUUAUUGAAAAUCUGGCAUAUAUUUCGGAUUCGCUUGAUGACUAUUAA